AUGUCGAGCGAUAACCACACACAAUGGACCAAGACCGUCUCUGAUCACCAAGAUGACCUCAUGUUAUCCUUCAACGUGAGCAAUGGUCAACUCGUCGUAGGACCCGUAGACAACUGGAUCGACUAUUGUUCAGAAGGUGGCGGUGCAGCUAUCUCGAGCCCCACUGCCCAGCAGAUCGUUGGUGACGUUCCAGCCCACAUGUGCAUCCCACUUCCAGGAAGCAACCUCUCUCAAGUCCGUUCCGUCCUGCUGGAUGCGCAGAAUAAGAACGCCACCGGCUGGUUUGCUGUCAUGUACACAAUCUCGAGUGGAAGUUCAGCCAGGCCGGCGGCUUCCCUGCCCUCCAAUAUGGGCGCGUGGUGGUGGCUUCCGCUGCUCGCCUCCCUGGCGAUGGCCGUAGUCUGCUAG